AUGGAGUACCAGCACCACCAACCUGAGCGUUCAGCGUCUCCUGUAUCACCAAUAGUCCCAUCACACUCGGAACGCGAUAUACCUCAACUCCAAACCGAACAAGACACGUUCAGAUCAGGGAACCACGAACCAAUCCCUCAACUAGAACCACCCGCACAAACCAGCUUCAGACCAGCCGCGUACUCUGCAAUCCCCAGCACCCCGCCCCCAGCCUAUCUCCCAGGCCCACCCGCCUACACUCCCAGCACGACCUCCUCGUCCCCCGACCCCGAAAAAGCCACCACUGCCACACCACCCUCAGCCUCCCGUAAACGCACCCUCUUCGGCAUCGCCGCCUUCCUCCUCCUCCUCACCAUCUGCAUCAUCGUCGGCGUCACCGUCGGCCGCGCCACCAAAUCGCACAAACACCACGUCAACACCUCCGCUACCUCUACCCUAAACAUGCCCUCCCCCAGCACCCCUAGUACCUCUCCGUCCUCAAAACCCGUCACCUCCGGCACCGUCGGCAUCGCCGCAAACGACUGCACGACGCACUCCCGCGCGUACACCGUCGACGCGCGCAACACCACCGCAACAUUCACGUCCAACUGCGCCGCCGACAUCCCCGCCGACGUCGUCGUGGAGGUUGGGACUCGGCCUGUGAAAGACCUCCGCGUGACGACGGCGUAUACGUUCGAGGAGUGUAUGAGCGCGUGCGCGGAGAGGAACGCGGGGGCGCAGGACGGCGGCGGGAUUCUGUGUGUGGCUGUGAGCUACAAUGCGAAUCUGACCGAGGCGUUUGGCGGAGGGGGAGAGGGGAAUUGCUUUUUGAAGGAUAGUUUGCCGAAGACUAUGAGCCCGACCGGGGGUUUGAGGGCGAGUGCGAGAUUAGAGAUGGGUGGGGUGGCGGAGCAAGGGGAGCCGGGGGUUGAUGUUGAUGGGUAG